AUGGGGCGUGGAUUAUUAUGGAAUGUAGGGGUAUUGGUGGUUGUAUUCCGGAAGCAAGUAGGGUCCUACCGGUCUCGUAGGCAGGGACAGAGCCGGCGGCGGGAGGAGGGAAGAAGAGCAGAUGAAAAGGACCAAGCCGAGUGUCGAGCAAAGGGGAAGAGAAAGAAAAAAAGGCGCGGUGGGCCGCAACGGGUAGUGUAUGACUAUGAAUGGGGGGCAGACGAGGUCUCGUGGGUAGUGGGUGGGUUUUUGGGCAGCCUCUGCCUUUUUUUUUUUUUUUUUUUUUUCUGCGCUCAAUUUUCCCUCUUCCUUGUCACUUUGUCUUUGGGGGAGGGAUAUGUAUGGGUUCUUGGAAGAAAUCGUCUCUCGCGCCGAUUACUUCUCUUUUGCUGCUCCUUAAGGUGGGGGUCGUAUGGCAAUCGGAAUUUGGGAAGCGGGAGAAAAGAGAAUAGAGACCCAAAGAAUAGGUGA